AAUGAGCUGCCCUUUUCUGUCGUCACGUCCUGUUUGAGCGUCACACAGGGUGUGUUUACAGGCGGCCUCCCAAGUCUGUGCCAGCUGUAGUUCGGUAGAACUUUCGCAAUCUUCAUCUACUGUCUACGCUCAUCGCUUCAUCUUCUCGCUGCAUUAAAGUUGGUGCAAGAUGUUUGCGGCCAAAAGGUUCCUGUCUGGCCUCAUUGAUGUUGUAACCAACAACAUUGAUCCAGCUAUGUUUGUUCCCUCUGAACCACCCCCACCACGUAUGCCAGUUCAAUAUGCAGACCAACAUGAGAGUGAUGAGGAGAAACAGUUUCGCAGAGUCUUCCAGCAACUGGCUGGUGAUGACUUGGAGGUUAGCCCAACUGAGCUGAUGAGCAUCCUGAAUAGAAUUAUUUCAAAACAUGGUGAUCUGAAGACAGAUGGUUUCAGCAUUGAGAAUUGCAGAAGCAUGGUGGCAGUCAUGGAUAGUGACAGCACUGGGAAACUGGGCUUCCAUGAAUUUAAACAUCUGUGGAACAACAUCAAGAAAUGGCAGGGUGUGUACAAGUCCUUUGAUAGAGAUGGCUCAGGUUUGAUCGGCGCUGAUGAGCUGCCCAGCGCUUUUGGAGCUGCUGGCUUCCCCCUUAAUGACCAGCUCUUCAACAUGAUCAUUCGCAGAUAUAGUGAUGAAAAUGGUAACAUGGAUUUUGAUAACUACAUCGGCUGCCUUGUGAGGCUGGAUGCCAUGUGCCGUGCCUUCAAAACUCUGGAUAAGGAUAACAACGGAACUAUAAAAGUCAAUGUCCAGGAGUGGCUUCAGCUGACCAUGUAUUCCUGAGUCCAGAGGAUGUGCCACUGUUUGUUAUAAAGAACCGUAUUGUUUCUCUCCUCACUUAAUUACCCUUUUUACUUUAUAUGUUACUUUUCAAAUCCCCUAGGUACAUCUGGCACAUUUACAAUAUUAAGGGCAUGCACGUUAGGAAGGAUUCUACAGCAGUUGUAAUACUCAUUGGAAAGAAUUAAAAAGCCUCAAAAACAUACACAUUUUGGAUCACAUCAGUACCUAUAGCUUUACUGGAUAAGUAUGUAGCAAACAUGCUAACAUGUUUACUUGUUUGGCAUUUGCCCCUUUUACCUUUGGUCAGAAUGGCUUCAUAAGGCAGGUAGCAUUGACCACCUGUUAAUGUGAUUGUAAAAAGAUGUAAUCAUUUUGUAGGUGGGACUGAUUGUACAAAUGCCAGGGACAAUAAUGUACUGAACCUAUGUAUUUGUUCUGUUCACUUCAUUCAAACGCAUAUGUACCGCCACUGGAAACUUAAGUCUAAGUAGUGCAGAUUUCCAACUCGUGUCAACACAGUCAGACGUGUGUGAAAACUGCAUCGGGAACACACCUUUUCUGACUGCAUAACAGAAGUCAAAGGUGCAACUUAUUCAUAGUAGUACAUGAUAAAGAUAGAUAUUGGGAGAACAGAGCCUUUAACUACAAAGUCACCAAUUAGAAUUCGUACAUAUGAAAAGUGUAAAAGUAAAAGGUUUAAAAAAAAAAAAAAAAAUCACACUAAUGCUUAAUGGUGUUUUGAUAUUUUGGCACAAUUCUUGCUAGGUGUUGGGAGUUUUCACUGCAUAUAUUAAAAAAAGAAAAGAAAUAUAAUGACAUCACAAUCACAUUUUACAUAAUUGUGUCUCACCUUGUUUUUUAUUUAGCAGAUUCUACUGUCAAAUGUCAAUGAAUGUAACCUCAUGGAUUCAAAAGUCCUCUGGUUUGUAACCUUGCGGCCAUGGAGUUUUUGUCAAGAAUUUGACCUUAGCAUGUUCUGCAAAGGCUGAUGGCAAAAGCUUUCUAGGAAACCAUUGUCACCAUGUCCUUAGAUUAAUGACAACAAAGGGUAGAAACAAGGAGUGCCAAGGAAAUGCCUUUCAGCCCUGAGAGGAAGCGCAAUUGGCUACAACACUUGAGAAAAGGCAUGGGUGGAGGACUUUUUCUUAAAGACUUUUCAAAUUUCUAUAUUUAGGCACCACCAACAAACUACAGACUACUAUGAAUGUUAAAGUAGGUAAUUGCUGUGUCUUUGUAAAAUCAGUCCUGAUGGUACUAUUGAGAAGUGGCUCACAUACAAUGUAAGGAAAGUGCAUGUGUUUUGCACUAUAGUCAGUCACAAGCACAUCACAGACUAAUGGCUUUUUACCUUAUAUUUUAAUCCAUCAUUGUUACAUUUGAAUUGUGCACUGAAGGUAAGAAACCCCAAUGCUAUCUCUCUCUACAUAUAUUAUUUUAAGAUUCCAAUUUUGAAAAUAGCAUAUAUCCUGAAAUUUGCUGUGACAAUAGAGGUCAUUUUCAUGUGUUUAUUAACCGUAUGCAGUUCUAUUAACUUUUCUGUAAUUUUAGAAAAACAGUCAAAUAAGGUGGUGAGUAAGCAGGCUAGCACUUUGCAGUUGAAUAUUAAUGCUGGUGAUCCAGAUUAGUCACAAUGCUCUGUUUGUCAGCUGACUAACUGAUCACGUUAUCACUACUUACUCAAAAUAUACCUGCAUCAGAGAUAACACCAGCACAGUGUGUGAACUGUCAUGUAUCACUGAUGUGUGAGCCACUAAUGCAUGCAGCCAGUAGAAAUGAUAAAUGUUGAUGAGGUUUUUACCCUGCAGUUGUAGCCAGUUAUUUAUCUGUUACUGGAAA